AUGUCGCUAUUCGGAUCGUCACCCGAGGAGGAGACUCCAAUAAACAGCUUCGCCUCAAAGUCCCGCAAUUCCCUUUUCGACGACGAACCCAGCCAAGUUUCGGCGUCGAAAUCCUUAUUCGCAGACGAUGGUGCCGAAGGUGAAUGGGAUGUACCUACUGCGAAAAAAGGCGGGCGGGGUGAACUGGUCAGGAGUUUGCUUGAAGGGUCAGAAGUUCCCGAUAGCUAUAUUGACAUCUUCGAUGACCUGCUCAAGAGCGAUGGGGAUGGAGGAAAGAUCAGUCCUACUGGAGUCACAAAGCUUUUAAGCGCCGGCAAUCUUGAUUCUUAUUCACAGACUCAGAUCAUGAACUUGAUCAGCUGUGGUAGUCAACUCAGAGAUCUGGGCAGAAACGAGUUUAAUGUAUUGCUGGCCUUGAUUGGAUUAGCGCAAGAACAUGAGGACAUAACUCUAGAUAGCGUCGACGACCGACGACGAAAUUUGCCAGUGCCCAAUCUCGCGAGCUUGUCCUCGCCACCGGCCACCCUUCCAGAUGCCUCAGAACCUGCUACGAAACCCGCCCAUCAUCCUAUUACACCCCUACCAGCUCCUCAGAAGCCCAAUCAACCAAAUCUACGAGUAGUUCGACAAUCUCCAAUCGAUUUUCCGGAGGCGGAUCCAUGGGCAAGCCCGGCUUUACACAGAGGUCACAAUCAUGAUACAGGCUCUCUCAAAGCAAACGCGGUACCCAGCGUAACAAGCAAUGGCAUACAAGAACCUGUCAGAACGACAAGUAGUUUUACCACUACCUCAAACGAACCGCCCAACGAGACUUCUAGCCAACCGCCUGGAGACACACCUUCCACCCCUGCAGCUGGUGUCUGGGGAUCCUACGAUGGUGCCCCAGCUUUGUCUUUUGGCAACCCGGAGAAUUCUACAAUCGGCGGAGGCGGGUUCGGCAGCUCAGGAGCUGGGGGCGACCGCCCGAUACAAACCACUCCAAGCCGGUCUUUUGGUGGAGGCCGCGUAACCGGGGGAGGCGUUGAAGAAAAUAUAACAGUAACGCUACUACCGGAGAAAGAGGGAAUGUUCAUGUUCCAGCAUCACAACUACCAGGUCGCAAGUCCGCGCAAAGGGACGAAGGUUGUAAGAAGAUACAGCGAUUUUGUCUGGCUUUUAGACUGCUUACACAAGCGAUAUCCAUUUCGACAACUACCACUGCUGCCACCCAAGAGGGUUGGAGUAAAUGGGAAUCACCUAGCUGCCGACAGCACAUUUAUCGAGAAGCGGAGGAGGGGGCUCGUUCGAUUUGCUAAUGCCCUAGUCCGGCAUCCAGUAUUGAAUCAGGAACAGUUGGUGAUCAUGUUUUUGACAGUUCCGACAGAGCUUUCUGUAUGGCGAAAACAAGCAACUAUCUCGGUUCAAGAAGAGUUUGCAGGGAAAUCUCUUCCACCCGGUCUAGAAGAUUCCAUGUUGCCGACCCUCAGUGAUCUUUUCAGUACCACCCGUACUGGUAUCCGCCGAUCCGCCGAUAUUUAUAUCAAUUUGUGUAAUCUUAUGGACAGGCUCGCAAAGCGGAACGAAGGGCUUGCUGCCGACCAAUUACGCCUAUCUCUCUCCUUGCAAUCUUUGACAGAUAUAUCACAGGAUACGUACGCGACGGAUACCAAUGAUGUGCCGCUACUCAAUGAAGGCCUGCAUUCUGUGGCCAAGCAUCUUUCCAACAGCCAAAAUCUUCUAGAGGACGAGGCAAGAGCUUGGGAUCAGGGUGUACUGGAAGAUAUGAAACGGCAAAGGGAUACUUUGGUCAGCAUGAGAGAUAUGUUCGACCGCCGCGACCGCUACGACAAGGAUAAUAUUCCGUAUCUAGAGAGACGGAUUCAAACCAACGAAAACAAGCUUGUUGCCAUUCGCGCAAAACCAGAGGGUCUCAUUAAGCCAGGAGAGAUUGAGAAGGUGACCGAGGCUAUUAUCAAGGACAAGCAGUCAAUAGUCGCUCAGCAUGCUCGGGGGGUCUUUGUUAAAGAGUGCAUAAGAGACGAGCUUAUAUAUUUCCAGCAGUCACAGUAUCAUCUCAGCAGGUUAAACCAGGAUUGGGCGCAGGAGCGGGUGAAGUAUUCAGAACUGCAAGCGGAUAAUUGGAAACAGCUGCAGGAAGAAGUUGAAAGCAUGCCUCUGGGAGAUUGA